GUGGCUGGCCCGUCACAUUUCAUGACGUGUCGCUGUCUUCGUAUUUUGAAUUGACGAUUUGCUUUUUGACGAAUUUUUUAUUAUUCGGUCUGCGGUACUCUAAAGUAAUUAUUAAUAUUUCGUAUUUGACAGUUAUGUGGUCAUUUUUCAGUCGAGAUCCUUCUAAAGAGUUCAAUUAUGAGAUCCUGGAACAGGUCUCAGGGACAGAGGAAUAUUUGUUAUGGAAACUUCACAAAGGGAAGAAAAAGGGUACUGGUGAGUCUGUAUCAGUAUUCAUCCUGGAUGCAAAAACAAAUGGAAGUGACACACAGAUAGAGCUUGCCAAAUCAGCUCUGAAAAGGCUAAAAACUCUUCGUCAUCCUAACAUUCUCACUUACAUAGACAGCCUGGAGACAGAAAAAUGUUUAUAUUUAGUAACUGAGUAUGUAGAACCCUUGCAGUUCCAUUUGAACAGUUACUCUACUGAUUUUCCUAAAUCAAAACAACAAAAAGAGUUAUUCAUAGCAUGGGGACUUUUUCAAGUGGUGCGUGCUUUGAAAUUUUUGAAUAACGAUGGGAACCUGCAACACAAUUCCAUUUGCCUUGGCAAUAUACUUGUAAACACUGCAGGAGAAUGGAAGCUUGGAGGUUUUGAAAAUGCAACACCAUCAUCCCUUAUGAAUUCCUUACCAAUCAAAAUAUUGCCAUCCUUUGAAAAGUAUGACCCACCAGAGAAAGUAGAUUCAUCUAAACUCAAAUCUGCGACAAAAUGGUCUGCUGAUAUGUGGGGGUUUGGGUGCCUUAUUUGGGAAGUAUUCAAUGGUUCACUUAAAUCCUCUUCUUCAUUGAAAGCAAUAGGCAAUAUUCCAAAGCAGUUGGCAUCGGUUUAUUGUGAACUUGUUGGAGCAAAUCCAAGUUCGCGUCCGAAUCCGAGCGAUGUCCUUAUCAUUUGUCGAAAGUCCGGAGGUUAUUUUCAUAAUGAUUUAGUUGAAUGUCUUCUAUUCCUGGAGGAGAUACAAAUUAAGGAAAACACUGAAAAAGCACAGUUUUUCAAUAAGUUACCUUCACUUUUAGACAGCUUCCCAGAGAACUUAUCUAGGCAUAAAGUUUUGCCUCAACUUAUCAAUGCCUUUGAAUUUGGUAAUGCUGGGGCAGCUAUCCUUACACCUCUGUUUAAGUUAGGGAGCCUUCUAAGUGAAGAUGAAUACCAAAAAAAAAUUGUUCCGUGCGUUGUCAAGUUAUUUUCGUCACCAGACAGAGCAACGCGAGUGCGAUUGUUGCAGCAAUUGGAACAAUUUUCAACGCAUCUUCUACCUGUUACUGUGAAUGAACACAUCUUUCCACACAUUUUGAGUGGUUUCACAGAUUCGAAUCCAGUUAUUAGGGAGCACACUGUCAAGUCAAUUAUGUUUCUAGCGCCAAAGUUAAAUUAUAAUAAUUUGAAUGUGGAAGUUCUUAAACACUUUGCCAGACUGCAAUCGAAAGAUGAACAGGGAGGUAUUCGUACCAAUACAACUGUCUGCCUUGGAAAAGUCGCUUCUUUUUUGCAUCCGCAAGUAAGGCAGAAAGUUCUGGUUUCAGCCUUUACUAGGGCUCUGAGAGACCCAUUUCCCCCAGCUCGAAUAGGAGGCAUAUUAGCAUUGGCUGCCACCCAACAAUAUUAUCUACUGAGCCAAAUAUCCCAUCAAGUUUUGCCUGCUAUGUGCGUACUGAUGGGUGAUCCUGAAAGAGAAGUGCGCGAUCAAGCCUUUAAAGUCAUUAAAGGCUUUAUUUCGAAAUUGGAAAAAGUAUCUGAAGAUCCGUCUCUGCGGGAGUGCAUGGAGGCGGAUGUCAAUGCAAACGCCAGCCCAAAUGUAACAGAUAUGGCGUCUACGUGGGCUGGAUGGGCCGUCAGCGCAGUCACAUCAAAAUUCUAUAAAUCCCAAGGCAGCCAGUUACCUGAUCAAGGAUCUUCAUUGCCAGCCGGCAGUCAAACAACAACGGGUGCGCGGAAUCCAUCUGCAGUUGAAACUACUGUUGAAACAAGAAAACGCCCUGAUUCUGAAUCUAAUGAGGAUUCUGUACAAUGGGGAAACAUCAAUGAACUUUCCUUAACCAGCAAUACCGUGGAUGAUAAGGAAGACGGCGACGGAUGGGAUAUUCAAGAAGAUUGGGCUCCAAUAGAAAAUUUCGAACAAGAAUCUUUUGCGACAAAGGCCACCAACAUACGUGAGAAAGCUUCGGUACCCAUGAAUACAAACCCAGAGAAUGAUGAAGGUGCUUGGGAAAGUACGUGGAACACCAACAACUGGUCUACUUCAGAAGGCAAUGAUAAAGACGAGUCUCGAAAGAAACGCGAAGAAAAGCGCAUUCUAAGGCAAAAAGAAAUUGAAGCCAAACGUAGUGCACGCCAAGGAGCUAGCAGUGGAGGAGCAUUAAAAUUAGGUGGCAAAAGAAUGUAAAACAUCUGACCGAUUCCAACUUACUAUUUUUCAUCUGGACGUUGUGCGUUUAAAAGUGAAUGUAUAAUUAUAAAAGCUGUGGGAAAUUGACUAAUGCUUUGUCCAAAUUCCGGGAGUCAAACUCCCGGAUUGAGGGAAGUGGCGUUCGCAAACCGAGCAACUCAAAUUGCUUGUUAUGACCAUCGUGUUGCUUUCCCCUUCCUGGAAUUUAGCUUAAUGCACACGAAGUGUAAUGUGUGUGCUGUAUAGUACAUGUGAAUUCUUUUCAAA